AUGUUAAAGGUCGGCACUGCGACGCUGACGCGGCGCUCGCUCACUCCUCUGCUAAAUGCACGGUCCAGCACUGGCUCAAGGAUUCCCUCUUCGCGCUCAUGGGCGCUACAGCUUCUUCCUGUAGAGCUGAGCGGGCGGUCGUAUUCUGCUCGGUCGUCCACGGCGCCAGUGACGCAAGCCAAGGCACAAAUGGCCGUAGCAGCACUGGCAACAGCUGGCGCUGCUUACUUGUACAUGACGUCAGAGCGUCAGAGCAAGCAGGAGAAGCAGCAGCGCGAGCUAGAGAUUGAGAAAGAGCGAAAGCUGAGCAGUCGACUUGCCGCAGAGCUCGUGGCAGCCGAAGCGAAUCAGAACAAAUUGGACUGGAAGGCCACGCUCGAGCGUGUCGUGCCGGCGAUCGUGUCGCUCAAGCUCAAUUCGCCCAAGUUCUUUGACACAGAAUCACCAGGCAACGGAUCGGCCACGGGCUUUGUGGUCGAUGCUGAGAAGGGGAUUAUUCUGACCAACCGCCACGUUGUAGGACCAGGACCGAUUGAUGCGGAGGCUGUCUUCCAGAACAAUGAAGAAGUGCGAGUGAUUCCUAUUUACCGCGACCCAGUUCAUGAUUUUGGUUUUUUCCAAUUUAACCCGGCAGACGUUAAGCAUAUGUCAGUGCCGUCUCUACGUCUGGAGCCGGAGAAAGCUACCGUUGGGACCGAUAUUCGAGUAGUGGGCAACGAUGCUGCUGAAAAACUCGCUAUUGCUAGCGGUACGCUGGCGCGCCUGGAUCGUGACGCACCCAACUACGGAUACAACAGCUACAACGACUUUAACACGUUUUACUACCAGGCUUCGUCAGGAACGACCGGGGGUUCUUCCGGCUCGCCUGUACUCAACCAUGACGGCGAUGCCAUCGCUCUCAAUGCCGGUGGUAAGAUUGGCACUGCAGCGUCCUUCUAUCUGCCACUGGAUCGAGUCAAACGGGCGUUUGAUCUAAUUCGAGAAGGUAUGGACGUGCCGCGCGGCACUAUUCAGACCGUCUUUAGCUACAAACCCUUCGAUGAGGUGCGCCGACUUGGUGUAGACAGCGCUACAGAAGCGCUCGUGCGCUCUUCUUUUCCGCUAGAAAUAGGGAUGCUGACAGUAGCAGAAACGAUUCCGGAUGGUCCAUCCAGCAACAUGCUGCAACCAGGUGAUGUGUUGGUGCGAGUCAACGGCGAGUUGAUCACUCGAUUCGUACCGCUCGAAGCGAUUCUCGACGAUAAUGUGGGCAAUGAGGUUGAGCUUGAAGUAGAGCGUUCCGGAAAGCCGGUGACUUACAAGGUACGGGUACAAGACUUACACUCGGUCACCCCGUCACGCUUUGUGGAAAUCGGUGGGGCAGUCAUAAACCCGCUGUCAUACCAGCAAGCGCGGAACCAUGCGAUGAGUCCUGGGGCACCGUACGUCGCGGACCCAGGUUACUUUCUUCAGCGUUCGCGCAUCGAACGCGGUGCAAUCAUUCACUCGGUAAAUGGUGUCAAGACGCCUGACCUUGAGACGCUCAAGAACUACCUGAAGCAAUGCAAGGACCGUGAUCGCGUCGUGGUAAAAUUCUCCAAGCUGACGGAUAAGUCGGAGAAGGUGGAGGUUGUGCAUGUAGAUCGCAGGUGGUUCCCGUUCUGCGAGUGUGUGCGCGAUGACAAGCUUGGAACGUGGCAUUGUGAACGGUUUUCGCCGCCAAUCGACAAAAGCGAUGAUGACAAUGACAGGAAUUCAGCCGACAAGAAGCCAAUUGGCUCAACGACAACCUUGCCUGGCAAGAACCCCGUGGAAAAUAAGCUUGCACGAUCUUUGGUGACUGUAGACUUUGACAGACCGUUUAGCGUGAACAGUUUGUCAACGUCGAAUUACCGUGGCACAGGACUUGUGAUCGAUGCGAAGAAGGGUCUUGUGGUUGUAGACCGCAACACUGUGACUGACUCAAUGGGCGAUGCUAUGGUGACCUUCGCCAGCACCAUCAUGGUUCCCGCUCAAGUGGUGUUUGUCCACCCAGUGCAUAAUUUCGCGAUUGUACAGUACGACCCGAAGCUUAUCGGAUCGACACCGAUCGAGAGCUGUCAAGUGGCGUCCGAACCACUUGCACCAUCCGAUUCGGUGUGGCUGGUAGGUCUCAUGAGCAGCGUGGGGCGCAGCGGUCACUCUGACCUUGUGUCUCGCGAGACAAUCGUGUCUGGUGUUAAGUGGAUCGGAUUACCGAUGCCGAACCCGCCGCGGUAUCAGGAGCAUAAUCUGGAAAUGGUAUCGCUGCAGGACGUCGUUGGCACUGAAGGUGGCGUUAUUUGCAGUGAUGUGGGUGAGGUAAGCGCGUUUUGGGCAUCUUUUUCCUUCCAGCAGCAGCGCCGUAAUUCGAAAGUGGAAAGUCAGUUCAACCGUGGUAUCCCGAUGGACCUGAUCAUGGAAAGCGCGGCGCCGCUCAUGCGAGGAGGGACACCCAAAAUCUACGAUCUUGGCGUCGACUUUGAGCAUUUGAGUUUGGCUAAGGCUCGCGAGCUCGGACUCGGACAAGCUCUGGCUGAGAUUCUGGAAAAAGAUGCUCCGGACCACCGGACCAUUUUGAGCGUAGCCCGGCGAUGGGGUGGCACCGAGGCACAGACGGUAUUGAAGAACGGGGACAUUUUAGUUGCUGUGGACGGCAAAAUCGUGACAAGUUUCCGUGAAGUGGAACGUUGUACACAAAAGCCAGAGGUGCGACUUACGGUUGUGCGCGAUGGCCGCGAGAUGCAACUAGACGUGAAGACUCUGUUUAUGGAGCGCACGGAAAUCAACCGCAUUGUGUUUUGGCAAGGUUUGCUGCUCCAAGCGCCUCCCUUAUCUGUCUCGGCGCAGCGCAGCAUCUCGCUGGACGACGGCAUUUAUGUAUCUUGUCGAUAUUCGGGCUCUCCAGCUGCUCGUUACGGCCCACCGCCCACAAGUCGCAUCAAGGAAAUUGAUGGUAUAAAAAUCACCAGUAUCGACGAUUUCCUAAGCGUUGUAACGUCGAAGUCGACGAACGACUCGGUACGCAUCAAGUAUACCGACCUGAGUGGCAAGGACCGUCUCAGCACACUCAAGCUCGAACCCAAGUACUGGCCUACCAGUGAGCUGGUGAACGAGGAUGGUGAAUGGCGCCGGCGUCAACACUAG